GCCUCCCCCGAAUCUCCGCGACACGCCUUUCUUCCCUUCCCCGCCCGUCCCCUAUCUUACACAGCCAGCUCCAGAGCUACCGCACAACACACCUCCGACAUGGCCGACGUGAGCUAUCCCGACACCAAUGGAGCCAACAUCAAGGACAUCGUGACCAACGGUCCUGUUGUUGAUAACCUCAAGUCCGAGGCAUCUCGUACUGGUGCGGAGAUACGCGACUUAAAAAACUCGAGGGCCUCACCUUCAAAGACCACCGCGACCGGCCAACCCCUGACUUACUACCACUCUUUGCUGUACAGUCUUCUGAGCUGGGAGCAACCUCGAGCUACCGCCGCCUCUUUUGCGAGUGUCGUUUUCUUCAUCUUUGCCGCCCGUUACCUUCCUCUCCUUCGCUGGGCUUUCAAGCUCGUGUACGUCCUUUUGGGAUUCACUGCUGCUGCUGAAAUUGGGGGUAGACUUAUUCUCUCUCAAAGCAUCGCAAGCUCUUUCCGCCCCCGCAAAUACUACACAGUCCCCAAGGAAACCACUGAGGCGAUCGUGGAAGAUCUUGAGCAGCUCCUUGACUUCGUUCUUCUCGAGUUCCAGCGAGUUCUGUUCGCAGAGAAUGUCGUUCACACUGUCGCGGCCUUCUUCUCUGCUUUCACUGCCUACUGGCUGAUCAAGUUCCUUCCUCUCUGGGGAUUGUCUUUGAUCACCGUCACUAUUGCCUACAUCGGUCCCCUCGUCUACAUUAACAACCGGGAGGUCAUUGAUGCUCAGAUCGAAGAGGCUCAGGGUAUCAUCAACUCUCAGGCUAACCAGUUGAAGGAUCUGGCCGAGGAACGCACCAACCAUGCGACUGGCGUGGUUAAGCAGUACGUGAGCGACUACAGCGCUAAGGCUCAGGGAUACGUAGUCCAGCGCCGCUCUGCGUCGCCAGAAAUGACCAAGGUCGCAACACCGGUUAAGAAGGAGCCCAGCGCCGAGCCCGAGAUCAAGAUUUCUGACUUCCCUGAAGCACCAAAGGAACCUUUGGCAGAGCCAAAGGAGGAGCCUCUGGUGGAAUCAAUUGAGCCAAAGCAGGAGCCCUUGGAACAGGAGCCUCUCGUGGCAGCUUAAAUGGUGCCUUUCGAGCCGACACGACUCACCAUGGGUCUUUUGUUCGAUACACCAGCUGCCUAUGAUGAGCGAAACUAGCAUUAUGGCAGCCGAAUUGAUGUUGGAGGUCAAAAAUCUUUCAGCGACGCGCUUCUUUUCCAGUACAUUCUAUUGUGGGCAAGGCAU